CCAGGCGCCGGGAGCGCGGAGCAGCGUGCCCACACGCAGUACCAGGGUCCUUUUGGUUGGAAGCGUCUGUGAGCCCUCACAGAAGGGCACCUCUGCGCUCGACUUCCCUUCCCUCCUCUGCUCCUUCAGGGAUGGAGGCGAUGGCAGCCGGCGCUUCCUUACCUGACCCCGGCGACUUCGACCGGCACGUGCCCCGGAUCUGCGGUGUGUGCGGAGACCGAGCCACUGGCUUCCAUUUCAACGCUAUGACCUGCGAAGGCUGCAAAGGCUUCUUCAGACGGAGCAUGAAGCGGAAAGCACUGUUCACCUGUCCCUUCAAUGGAGACUGCCGCAUCACCAAGGACAACCGCCGCCACUGCCAGGCCUGCCGGCUCAAGCGCUGUGUGGACAUCGGCAUGAUGAAGGAGUUCAUCCUGACUGAUGAAGAGGUGCAGCGGAAGCGGGAGAUGAUCCUCAAGAGGAAGGAAGAGGAGGCCUUGAAGGACAGCCUGCGGCCGAAGCUGUCCGACGAGCAGCAGCGCAUCAUCGCCAUCCUGCUGGACGCCCACCACAAGACCUAUGACCCCACCUACGCCGACUUCAGCCAGUUCCGGCCUCCGGUUCGAGAGGGUGAGAAUGAAGGGAGCCAUCCCUCAGGGCCUUGGUUCAUACACACGCCCAGCUUCUCUGGAAACUCAUCCUCCACCUGCUCAGAUCGCUACACCUCCUCUCCAGAUACGAUGGAGCCAACCGGCUUCUCCAACCUGGAUCUGAGCGAAGAAGACUCUGAUGACUCUUCUGUGACCCUGGACCUGUCCCAGCUCUCCAUGCUGCCGCACCUGGCUGACCUGGUCAGUUACAGUAUCCAGAAGGUCAUUGGCUUUGCCAAGAUGAUCCCAGGGUUCAGAGACCUCAACCCUGAGGACCAGAUCGUGCUGCUGAAGUCGAGUGCCAUUGAGGUCAUCAUGCUACGUUCCAACCAGUCCUUCACCAUGGACGACAUGUCCUGGACCUGCGGCAGCCCGGACUACAAGUACCAAGUCAGCGAUGUAACCAAAGCCGGACACAGCCUGGAACUGAUCGAGCCCCUCAUCAAGUUCCAGGUGGGGCUGAAGAAGCUGAACUUGCACGAGGAGGAACACGUGCUGCUCAUGGCCAUCUGCAUUGUCUCCCCAGACCGUCCCGGGGUGCAGGACGCUGCGCUGGUCGAGGCCAUCCAGGACCGCCUGUCCAACACGCUGCAGACCUACAUCCGCUGCUGCCACCCACCCCCAGGCAGCCACCUGCUCUACGCCAAGAUGAUCCAGAAGCUAGCGGACCUGCGUAGCCUGAACGAGGAACACUCCAAGCAGUAUCGCUGCCUCUCCUUCCAGCCCGAGUGCAGCAUGAAGCUCACGCCCCUCGUGCUCGAGGUGUUUGGCAGCGAGAUCUCCUGAGGAGGGCAGCCUGCCCUGGCGCCUGGGCGGGGCUGCCUCUCUGGGGCCGGAGGCUGCCCAGCUCUCCCCACUCCUGGAGUUCAGCCCCUCCUCUCCCACAUCCCCUCCCUGCCCAGCCCGUCCUCCCUGCUGCCCAACCUGACACCAGGUCCCCCUUACCUGCAGGCCACGGGCUGCCCCCAGUGCCUCGAGACCUCAGUCAUGAGAAAUUGCUCUUUAUUUGACAAAGAAUCUUGAAUGGGGGCAGAGGGCAGAGGCUGAAGGUGGGCCCGUGCCAGGGGAUACCCCCUCCCACACUACAGAAGUGGCGGCUGGCUGGUGCCGAGGGGACAGGCAGACGGGAGAGACGCAGCCAUUCCUCAGGGACAGAGAUACCCUCACCUCUACCCAGCUCCAGGCCCACACGCCCAGAGCCUGGUGGGAUCACCCUUCCUUCGCCCCACCCACGAUAAACACUGACCCGUGACCCACACCUCAUCCUGCUGCCACUCUGUCCUGGGCAGUGUGCCGCGUUGGGGCCUUCUCCCUCUGCCUUCCUACCCUGGCCUGCCCAGGACACUCACUGCCAAGGAAGACCAAAACCAAGGUGACUAAAGUCACAGCCUCCCCUCAUCCACCUCUGCUGGCCAAAGGACAUUUGCCUAACCCUACGGUGCCCACCUUCUUCCCAACGCCGUGGUAACAUUCUCCUCCGGAAGUAGCUGUGGUAAGAUGGGCUUUCUCCCCAUGGCGGGGGCCACUGGCCCAGAACCCGUGUGCUGAGAGGCCAAGGAGGGAAGAGAGCAGGGCCCAGGCAGUGAGGGGACAGGCAAACCCAGCCUGAACGUAAGAGUAGUCGAUGGAGGCCACACCCGUCCUGCCGCCAAGCCCACAACUCCUCAGCCUGGAGCUGAGGGGUUGGCC